AUGUUGCCUUUCUCCGAGGUAUAAAUACUGUCUGCAGCUUUAGAAUGGCGAUAUUAAUUCGAAAGUGAAAGUUAGUAAGUGUGUUGUGAUCCUUAAAGCUUUUUAACAAGGAAGCAUUAUGAUUUUUAAGGUUGCCCUUUUGGUUGCAUUUGCUGUGGUGGCUUCAGCACAAUACCACCAUUACCCAUCCCAUGGAUAUGCCCACCAUGAUGAACAUCACGAUUAUCCCCAUGCACCCCAGCCAUAUGAUUACGGUUAUGAUGUAAAGGAUGAUUACGGCAACAAACAAUUCCGUAAAGAAACUGGGGAUGGAAAAGGAGGUGUCAAGGGUAGUUAUGGCUACGUCGAUGCUCAUGGAAUCCACAGACAAGUUGAUUACGUAGCUGAUCAUCAUGGAUUCAGAGCACAGGUCAAGACCAACGAGCCAGGAACUGCUAACCAAAACCCAGCUGCCGUAGGCGUCCACUCUGCAGCCCCUGCACAUGUUCCUGCUCCAGUACACCCCGCACCUGCAUACGCAGCCCCUGCACACUAUGCCCCAGUGCAUGCUGGACCUCACUAUGCACCAUCUCAUCACAUUCCCUACAGAGUACCCAAAUACUCUUAUUAUUAGAAUGUUUAAAUACUACUAUGGUAAGUUGCUUUAUAAAAUAUUAUU